AUUCCAAUAUGGCGGCCAUUGCGCCUCUUCGGUUUGUACAAAAUAGAAAGCUCCUGGUCCUAUUACAAAAUUACGUUGACGUUGCUGUCCAGUGUUGCCAUUUUCAUACGUCGAAUAUUCCUACGUAUCCACGAAAAAAUUCGCCAUUUCUCAGUGAACUAAAUGAGCCAUCCUUUGACGGUAGUGCCACGGUACCGAGGAGGCGUUCAAUUCCAGACUCCCUGUACCAGAAACCUGAUAUACCCGAGCAACUAAUGAAGUAUAAUGAGUAUAGGGACAGGAUUGUCGUGGAUAGUCCAGGAGGAAUGCUUUCAACAUAUGCCCCAAUUACAAAAAAAUCAUCAAUAUUUACUAUUGAGGGUUGGAAACAGAGGUGGAAAUCAUUUAAGGAUGGUAUUAUUUCAACUUACAGUAUUGGGAUAAUAAAAAGAUCAGUCAAACCCUUUAAAGUUAGGGAGUUUGCCAAAGAAGCUGAAAAUACAUUUAUUGAUGUUAAUACCUGUCUUGCGAACGGUGAUAAAACUGGUCUUCAAGAAAAGACAUCUUUAACUGCGUAUUAUGGUUUUGUCAAAGAAUUUUUCGAUGCGAAGAAAAAAUUUCACUGGCAUUUCGUCUCAUCGGUCGAGCGCCCUCGUAUAGUGCAUGCGGCAGUAUCAUCUCUAGAAGUGAAAGAAAAUCUCUUCGCCCAAGUAGUUGUACGCUUAAAUAUUGAUCAAAUAUCAGCAGUUGAAGACAGAAACGGACGUAUAAUAACGGGAGACAAGAACAAGCCUCGAGAAAUAUUGGAGUUCGUAGUUUUAGAAAGACACCUGGCUAAUGAACAUGGCUCGUGGAAAAUUUGUGGUAAACUUUAUCCAAGACACUGAGAUAAUAAGAAUGGAUCUCUGAACCUUAAUAUACGUCUAUUUGGCUAAGAUAGAAAUGGUUGGGGGGUUAGCUUGAUAGCUCAAGUUUAGUCAAAUGAGAAUGCAAAAACCUGCCUGUAACGAGUGUAAUCAAUGCACCUUUUCGGUAAUACGUCACAAAGAUGCAAAACAUCCUUCUUCAACACAUGCAUGAAAAAGAAUUUUUCAUUUUGACAAAUUAGUAUGAAAUAAGCCAUAACGCGAGAACGAGGUUCGCGGUCUUGGCCCCUGAGCCUCGUUCUCGUGCUAUGGCUUAUUGCAUCUUUGCACGUGGCUAGUGAGAGUAAAACUUGAAAUCUAUAUCAUUUAAGGUGGUUCUACAUUUAAAACGUUAUGACGUCAUUACCAAAAAGGUCUAUUUAUAUUCUACGAAUUUGUGGUAUAAAGUGAUGUUCGCGUGUUAAAAGAAUAUGCCUUUCUUAGACUGAACCUAUUAGGCUCUUUUAAUGAGUACUUAUGGAAGAGUUCAUUUAUCGAUAAGCAGAGACAGGAAUAAAUCAGAUUUAACAUAUUUGUAAAUUUAUUCAUAAUAAAAGGA